GGGGAAGAUUUUCCUGUCAAAGUCAAUCUUGAUCUGCCCUCUUGCUUCUUGAAAACAAAUGCACUUUAAGAGACGACUAAUGCAAUGCAGCAAAGAACGUAUUGCCAUCUAAGGUUUCCUCUGAUGAGAAGUCUGUGAAUAAGCCAAGGCAAUGGCAAUAAUUUUCUAUUUCUGGUGUAUCUCUGCAGCAGCAAUCUUCGUUCAAGGCCAACCAGGUUUCAUCAGCAUUGACUGUGGACUUGCUGCAAAUACCAGCUACAAUAAUCUCACAGGGAUAGAGUACGCCUCCGAUGCAAGAUAUGUCGAUACUGGAGAGAUUCACACUAUCUCCAGUGCUUAUCAGACCAGUUCACUAGCACCUCAAAACGUACACCUGAGGAGCUUUCCUGAUGGCAGUAGAAACUGCUAUACUCUAAAACCUGUACAAAGGGGCAACAAUUAUCUCAUUAGAGCUGGUUUCUUGUAUGGAAACUACGAUGGCCGAAAUCACAUACCACGCUUUGACAUAUAUAUUGGGGUUAAUCACUGGGAUUCCUUCAAAUUCUCGAACCCAGCAUUUGUGUAUGGGACAGAGACUAUGAUUGUUGCCUCAGCUGAUUUCAUAUCAGUUUGUCUUGUCAACACUGGAGAUGGAACACCAUUCAUAUCAUCACUGGAGCUAAGGCCUCUCACUGGACUGUACAGUGCCCUGAAUGAAUCAAAUUAUUUUCUCAACCUUCAACGAUAUGACCUGGGGUCAACCAGCAAUCGAUCGACCAGGUACCCAUACGAUGUCUACGAUCGCAUGUGGACUGCUGACAAGAACUUACCUCCAAAUUCAUUUGUUCCAAUGAAUACCUCCUUAAAUAUCAGUACUUCGUCAGACGAUGACUUUAAAGUUUCAUCAACCAUCAUGAGGACUUAUGUCACUCCAUCUGAUGGCUCCGACAUCAAUUACUACUGGGAGCUGCCGAUGGAAACUCCAACUGUCCAACAACACAUUGUUCUACACUUUGCAGAGAUCGAAUUGCUUUUGAGCAAUGAGUCACGGAUAUUUGACAUAUAUUUGAAUGGAAAAUUGUGGCGUAAAGCAUUCAGCCCUCGUUACUUGCAGACAGAUCAUGUAUUCACUACAGAACCUUUGGAUUCAGUUUCCAACAAUAUUAAUAUCUUGAAGGCAGCCAAUUCCACCCAUCCUCCGAUUCUGAAUGCACUAGAAGUCUUCAAAGUUAGGAGCCUCUUAGAGUUGUCUACAGAUAAUGGAGAUGUUGAUGCAAUCAUGGGAGUGAAGGCAGCAUACCAGAUAAAGAGAAAUUGGAUAGGUGAUCCCUGUAGUCCAAGAAUUUACUCAUGGGAAGGACUGCGUUGUAAUUCCAGUGGCUCCAUGUCACAAAGACUCACAUAUCUAAACCUAGCUGAUGGUGGAUUGCUUGGGGAAAUUGCUGCCUCUUUUGCUAAGCUUGGUGCUCUGGAACACUUGAACUUAUCAGGCAAUAGUUUGUCAGGAGCUAUACCUGAUGCUCUCGGAGAACUACCUUUUCUACGAUUACUGGACUUGUCGAACAACCAAUUGCAAGGGUCGAUUCCUACUCUUCUUCAAAAAAGAUCAGAAAACCAUUCUCUUACAUUAAGAUAUGAGGGCAAUCCUGAUCUUUGUUAUGGAAGCAAUUCAUGUAAGCAGCGGAAGAUGUCAAUUGCCAUCAUCAUAGUUAUAGUAGCGAUUGCAGCAGUAUUUCUUCUAAUGGUGGCAGCAUGUAUAUGGAAAGUAAAGAGGGCAAAGCAAGCAGGUUGUUUGAAGCCACAGAAAGAAGAUGGCUUUUCAGGACAUCGAAAAGAUAAAAAUAAGCAAUUUCAAUUGAAAAAUCAAGAAUUUACGCACGAAGAUAUUGUUUAUAUAACCAAAAAUUUCCAGCACACCAUUGGUAAAGGGGGAUUUGGGACAGUUUACCUUGGUGAGUUACAAGAUGGAACUCAAGUUGCUGUCAAGGUGAAUUCUCAAUCAUCAUCACAAGGGAUAAAUGAAUUUCAAGCGGAGGCUGAGCUCUUGACAAAGAUACAUCAUAAGAAUCUGAUGUCUUUGGUUGGAUACUGUGAGGAUGAGAAUUUUCUAGCACUUGUGUACGAAUAUAUGGCUCAAGGAAGUCUUGAGCAGCAUCUUCGAGGUAAGACUAGUUUCUCUAGAAUUUUACAAUGGAUCGAGAGGCUCCAAAUUGCAAUUGAAGCUGCCCAAGGCUUGGAGUAUCUUCAUAGUGGAUGCAAGCCUCCUAUAAUCCAUAGAGAUGUGAAGCCUACCAACAUCCUCCUAAACCACAAAGGAGAGGCCAAAAUAGCAGACUUUGGGGUUUCCAGGAUUUUCCAAAAUGACCAAACUCAUGUAUCUACUGCUGUUGUUGGCACUAUGGGAUACCUUGAUCCAGAGUACUUCUUCAGUUGCAAGCUGACUGAGAAAAGUGAUGUCUAUAGUUUUGGGGUUGUUCUCUUAGAAUUGAUCACCGGCCUUCCUGCUAUAUUGAGAAAUCCAGACAGGGGAAUAUUAGUUCACUGGGUUUCUCCAAUACUUGCAAGGGGAGACAUAGAUACUGUGACUGAUGACAGGAUGCAAAGGGAGAAUGGCACUAGAUCAGUUUGGAAGGCUGCAGAAAUCGCAUUGAGGUGUGUUCUGCCUACCUCAAUUGAGAGGCCAACCAUGAGUGAAGUGGUGAUCCAGUUGAAGGAGUGCAUGGCACUGGAGGUUUCUUCUCGAUCUUCUGGAAGGACCCAGAUACAAUACGCAUCUGAAUUUGAUAUAGACAAUUGUGAUGCAAUUGGGUUGUCCUCUGCAGGAACCACCGUUAACCAUUAUGAAGAUCGCAGUUCAGUUGAAUUUUCUUCUUCUGGAAUGAGUACUGACCAUCAUCAAAAUGAAUUUGUUGUGUCCCCAAGUGCAGCUUUGCUUGGCUACAUAUCCAGUGACACUUCUCAAUCACAUGGCACCGAGAAGGAAGUGGAACCAAAGAGAUGUACUUUUUCAGUGGCGUGACAUGCAUUGAGAGAUCGGAUGGCGGUCACAUAACUUCCAACCGGAGCAGUGCUAUUGGUGCAGUGAGUUCCUUUAAUUGAACUGGUGGUUGUAGCUGCAUUUGUUAGUUAUUCUAGGUAAAAGUCACUGAGAAAAGUCAAUUUUCUGUCUUCAUGUGAAUGUAUAAGGAUUCAGAUUUUUUUGCCAA